CACUAAGUUUAUCACUUGAUUCACGUAUAUGCACUUUGAGAUCCUAACACUCCGGCCGCGUAUAGAAAGUACGUACGGAUAAGAAUGUUUUUACGAUUGACUCCCCGUUAAAAAAUAGAAAAGUAAAAUGUUAUAAAAUAGCAAUACAAUUGUUUUUAACAAAAAUAAAAAAUAAAAAUAGAAAUGUACAUGCAUUUUUACCAUUCAACAUCAAAAUUAAAAGGAUCUCUCUUUGGGCAACUUGAAAAAUAGAAAGUCUGUUUUCUUUUAAUACAAAAAAUAGAAAGUUAGAAUAAAGCUAAACAAAAAAACACGAACUAAUUAAUGGAAGGUUAGUUGUUUAUAAUAGAAAAAGAAUUUGUGUGGAAAAGCAGGUGGAACCAACCGACAGACAAGGAGAAGCAUGGAUUAGUUUUCUUGGCUUGGAAAUGAAGGGAUAUGAAUAGGUAUGGCAGUUAGAACCACUCUCUUCCUCUCUUUCACUCCCUCACACACACAGACAUACACACACUCUUUCUGUAAGUAUCUCACUCGUCCGAACCAAACACAACAAAACGUACUCUUGAUGUAAGGACGUCCAUCCCUUGGUUCUAGCUUUGACUCGGCGGCGCCACCGCCACAGAAAAAGUCUCUCAUCAUUUAACCCUCCGUCCACUUGUCACAAUGUCGUCCCACCCCAGCUCUUCAAGAACUCCCACGCCCCUCUCUCUCUCUGUACCAUAUCCACAAAUUCAAUCCAAACCAACACCUCAACUAAAAACUAGGACUAGAACCUCUUAAUUAUCGCCAUGCAACCCCACAAUUCUUUUCACAACAAGAACAAACACCUCCUUUCCCUCUUCCAUUCUUGACCCACUUCCAUCAUCACCAAUUUUCUCCAUCCCUCUCUCCUCUAUAAUUUUGUUUUUUCCCUGAGUUUCGAUUAAUUUUUUUUUUUUUUAAUUAAUGGCUUUGAUUGUCGACCAGCAAUCAAGCUUUAAACACUUCUGUAAAAUAUGCAAGAAAGGUUUUGUGUGUGGUAGAGCGCUAGGAGGGCACAUGAGGGCACAUGGAAUAGGGGAUGAAGGUCACAUCGACGACGACGAUCCUCCGAGUGAUUGGGAGGACAAACUCGGCGGCAAUGUACCCGCUACCAACAAGUGCAUGUAUGCUCUAAGAACAAACCCUAAUCGCCUAAAAAGCUGCCGGGUUUGUGAGAAUUGUGGCAAAGAGUUCUUGUCUUGGAAAUCCUUCCUUGAACAUGGCAAAUGUGGUAAUUCUGUAGAUGCCGAGUCCCUUGUGUCCUCGCCAGGCUCUGAUGAGGAGGAUGGGGGCGGUGGCAGCCGGCGAGGAUGUGGGUGGUCAAAAAGAAAGAGAUCUUUCAGAGCUAAAGUGGGAAAUUUUAGUCCGCAUUGCCCAUCAAGUGAGGAAGAGGACCUUGCCAAUUGCUUAAUGAUGUUGUCCAAUGCCACGGUGGAUCCAAUGGAGGCAGAACCAGAAGAAUCUUGUGCUUCAGCCAGCAAAGAAGAGGAACGAAGGAACCCUAUGAACAUCAUGACUCCUGUUUCACGUGGGGUGACAAUUGACAACAAUAAGGCUAAAGGGGUUGCCAAUAAAGGUUUGUUCGAAUGUAAAGCAUGCAAGAAAGUAUUCAAUUCCCACCAAGCCUUGGGCGGUCAUAGGGCUAGUCACAAGAAAGUUAAAGGGUGCUUUGCUGCCCGUCUUGAUCAUCUCGAAGAUAGUAUGGCGGAUGAUGAUGCCAUCACGCAUGAAGAGUUCUUACCCAAUAAACCCAAUUCAACCCUACAAUUUGACCAUGGGUCAAAUAAUCCAUCAGUUUAUACCUCAAAGAGAAAAUCUAAGGUGCAUGAAUGUUCAAUAUGCCAUCGGAUAUUCUCAUCAGGACAGGCAUUGGGUGGGCACAAGAGGUGUCAUUGGAUCACGUCCAACACCACGACAGACACUUCUACUCUAGUCAAGUUCCAUGAAUUUCAAGAGAGUUUGGAGCAGCAAAUGAUGAACCAAAGGUCUAAGUUUGAUGCUUCGGAUCCACUUGAUCUGAAACUCGAUCUUAAUCUACCUGCUCCGGUGGAUGAGAAUGGAGGAGGUAGAAGAGAGCGUCCCAAUCCACCAAGCUUGGAUGUAUCUACAGAUUUCUUUUUACAGCCAUGGAUUGGGACAAAGGAGGAGGACAAUCCCCCUCACCACUCCCACCACCAAAUCGACAAUGACAACCUUAACAACGAUGAUUAUAAUACUAAUAACAACAAUAAUAACAGCACUGAUGUUUCAAUGCAGAAUGUAGUUGAUGAAGGAGACAGUAAGGUGAAGUUAGCAAAGCUAAGUGAACUAAAGGAUAUUACCAACAGUGGGGGCUCCUCACCAUGGUUGCAGGUGGGAAUUGGUUCAACAACUGAUGUUGGAGCUGAACCAUAAUUUCAUGUGAAGGAAUGUGAGAUUUUCUCAGCUCUCUCUCUCCCCCUUUUUGUUCAAAGAUUUUUGUACCAAGAAAACUGUAAUUAUUACAAACAAGCCAUAGCUCAGCAUUCUUUUUCAAAACUUAUUUUCUUUUUGAAUUGUUACUGUACAUUAUCGUGGGUGAAUAGGAACCCAGUU